AUGGCACGCAAAUUCACAUACUUGGCAGUCUUUGCCUUGUUCGCCUUGAUCUCAGUUGAAGCACUUCCCGUAGAGAAACGCAACGGCGACCACAAUGGCAACGUCGAUGGUAUCGGCAACUGCAACGGUUUCGGAACCUGUAAUUACAACGGUAACGAUAACGGAAACAAUAGCACCGGAACAGGAAACGGUGAUGAUAACGGCCAAAUCCUCGGUCUAGGAAACUGCAAUGGAUUCGGUGUUUGCCAAGGAAACGGAAACAGUAACGGAAACAACGAUGAUGGUGAUAAUAAUGGAAGCGGCAAUGGAAACUUCUACGGAAUGGAUUUGAAGAACCUUCAUGCAAAUGGUGCCAGUGGAAACGGUAAUGGCAAUGGUAACGGCAACAAAGGAAGCAAAAACGGAAACAAGAAUGGUAACUCUAACGCAGGAGUUGGAAAUGGAAAUGGUUCCGGAAACGGAAAUGUUGGCGAUUCAAACGGAAAUGCAAAUGGAAACGCAAACAAAGGAAACGCCAAUGGAAAUGGUGCUGGCAACAAGAAUGUUGGUAACCAAAAUGGUAAUGCUAACGGAAACCAAAACAAGGGUAAUGCCAAUGGUAAUGGCGUUGGUAACCAAAAUGUUGGUAACCAAAAUGGCAAUGCUAACGGAAACCAAAACAAGGGUGACGCCAAUGGUAUCGCCAACGGAAAUAAAAAUGUCGGUGAUCAAAACGGCAACUUGAAUGGAAACCUAAACAAUGGCACUGCCAACGGAGUCGGUAACGGAAACCUAAACAAUGGAACCAACAAUGGAAACGCCAACGGAAACGUUAACAAAGGCAACAAGAACGGAGUUAAAAACGGUAACAAUAAUAAUGGUUCGUACAAUGGAGUCGUUAAUGGUAAUGGAAAUGAGGGUGAUCAAAACGGAAAUGGGUCUGGCAACAAUAAUCAACUUUAA